GGAUCUGUAAACAACCUGGCAACAGAAAAGCUACCGGAAAAAAAACAACGCCUGGAAAAGAAUGUUGGUCCAUGAAGGGAUACAAUGUCUGUUUAGGUUUUGACGAAUGUAAUGGAAAGCGAAACAAACGUUUCAGAGAGAGACCCGCCGCAUCAUCCCUGGAGAAGUUUCAAGUUGAUGAUUGAUCCCACUUUGACAAAAGGACUGUACAAAGUGUACCGCUACGAUGGGCACUACUUUAACAUACCCGUUGACGACAUAGGCUUGUUUCCAGUGGAGUCUGUGAGGGAUCCACGCAUCUGCCGCCUGUGGAGCAAAUGCACCCAAACGAACCUUGCAGUUCCUAGAUAUAAGAUAGACGAGUACUACGUUGGGCCUAUUCUUCACAAAGAAGUGACAUUUUCCAGGUUGAAUGACAAUAUAAGCAAGGCCUUCCUGACUAAUAUGUGCAUGAAAUAUGGUCACACUGAAGAAGUGGAGAUUUUCUAUAACCCAAAGAACAAGAAACAUUUAGGCAUCGCGAAAGUUGUUUUUGAUACUGUGAGUGCUGCAAAGGACUCCGUUCAUCACCUCGAUCAGACAUCAGUGAUGGGCAACAUCAUUCAUGUGGAAAUCGAUCCAAAAGGUGAAAACAGGGUGCGCUACCUACAGCUCCUCUAUAGCGGCUUCUACACUCCAUGGACCCUACCACUGGGCAACAGUGAGCAAAGUCUGCAAAACCUAAUUGACAAUUUACUGUGCAAUGCAGCCACACAGGGACAAGGGAGCCCAAACAGCAUUGCUUCCCCACUCUCUCUAGACACAGCAUAUUCCAGUAUGUGUCAGGAUACACCUUGUAGCUUUGGGUUGACGCCUCGUUCGCAAGGAACCCCGGUCACUCCUUGCUUUACUGGGACUCCUCUCUCGCAGGACUCAUGCUACUCAAGUCUUCAGGGCACUCCAAUCUUCCAGGGGGAACCCUUGACUUACAGUAUUCACAAACCUUUGAGAAAAGAGCUCUAUUGUCGUAAAUUCUCGAGGUUUCAAGGGGGAUCUGGUGAAGUCUCUGAUGUAAAGUUUGUUUUAAAGCACUGCCAACCACAGCCUUCCCUCCCGCUGUUUACCCAAAGUAACAGGCAGGUUCUUCCACAAAGGACUACCAAUGGAAACACAUCCGGGCCCAAUGACAAAAAGCAUUCCUUUCAAGUUAUAUCCUCUGCUCCAAAGUCCAGGAAUGGGGUUGACACUACCUCAAAAGAUUUACCUAUAAACUCUUUGAGCAUCUUGAGUGUUGGCUUAGCAACCAACAAGAAGGCUGAAGUGACCUUCCCACCUGACACACAAGCCAGCAGGGCAGCGUUACUUCAGUCAUUUGACACCAGUAUAACCAGAAAUCCCCAACCAGAGGCAGAGACUUUGGACUCCCGCAUUCAAAGUUUGUUGACAAACAUCCAAAGUUCUGACAGUUUAUUUGGGAAUACCUUGAAGGCUGAUAUCUACUCUCAGGACAGCCCAACUUCACCCUGUUCACCCCAGAACUCGCCAUACUCUGGUUUGGAAGAUGUCAGUCCAGCACCGCUCUCUGAAGAUGAGGAAAUGUCCCAACCUGUGCUCUGUCUUUCAUCCCAAAGAGAUACAGAGGCUUCCUCUGCAUUUGAUUUGACAUAUUCUGAAGGAAUGGAGGAUGUAAACAGAACAACACAUCCAGAGAGGUAUCUGGCAUCAUAUUCAAAGGAGCUUCACUCAUCAAAUAAAGGCGAAGUACAAUCAACACAAUCUCUUCGUCAGGCUCCCUGCAACGCUCACCAAUCCAAACCAUCAUUUGGCAAUAAAUCUGGAGAGUUCUGUUCACCAUUUACACCUUUAUCUUUCUCCAUUCCGUCUUUACUCCCUGCGCCACCUCGCCUCCCAAAUGGCAUAAUUUCUAUUCCACCUCCAGCCUGGAUCCAACCUCCAGGUCAUCAUAAUGACAUCUGCAUACGUCCAGUCUCAAUUCCACCACCUUCUAGUUUCCUGGUACCCCCACCUCCUUUGAUGCUACCCUCUGUGCACACAUACCCCUUAUCCUUACAACCCGCAAGUACCAGGGGCAAUAUACCAAGGCUUGAAAGUGUACCCUUAACGCCUUGUCCACCAACCUGGACCGCUCCACCUUUCCAUUGUUUCAAUCCUUUGCUGCCCUCACCAGACUACCCUCACAUAACAGACAACCUUCAUAAAGUUACAGUUGAAAAAGUUUUAGAUGUGCUCGUAGAAGAACUGAAGUCAAUCCUCAAGAAGGACAUCACACGAAGAAUGAUUGAGGGUGUUGCAUUCAAAGCGUUUGAGUACUGGUGGGACAAUCAAGAGAAGAAAACAAAGCCACCAGUUUUGCCUUUGAUGGAUAAAAAAAAACUACUUAAAAAUAAUCUGAAUGACAUUAUGGGUGAGCGCAAAAAACCUCCACUCCCCUCAUUUAAGGUGAAGAAGAAAAAUGAAAACAACCCUGUAAUAUCAGAAGCAAUUGAAAGUAACCACACUGGUAGGACUGAAGGUGACAUUAUGGUGAAGCCAACAUGUGAGGAGCGUAAACACAGACAUGCAAGACCACUUGAGCUUGAUAGUGAUGAGGAUGAUAAUGAAGACAAAGACUGUAAGACUCAUCAAGAGGAGGAAAGGGAAACUAUAUCAGACAAAGAGGAACCAACAGAGUCCACAGUUGAUAAUGUCCACUUUAUGUUUGGCACAAGAGAUCAUGUUGAAAAUGAAGACGAGAGAGAGAAAACGGAAAAACACAUGCAGGUUGAAGACUUGUGUCAGGCUUCCUGUGAAGUGCUGUACUCCAGCAGUGAGACGUAUUCAGAGUGCAGCUCUUCAGAGGACACCGACUGCUCGUCCAACUUGGAGUCCUCUGACUCUUUUACCUCAGAGAGCUAUGAGGAUUCCUCGUACACUGAGGAUGACGAUAUGGAAGACAAUUUAAUGAACAGUGAAGCUGAGGAAUGUAUUGUACUAUCGUCAGAUGAGGAGUCCAUGGAGCUUGACCCCCCUGUUACCCCUUCAACCCCCCUCACUCCCGGUGCUCAACUGGAACUGACCCCAGAGGACUGGUCAGACAAUAGGGAGGAAGCAGAGGUGAACCACUGCAUGAGCCAACACGAUGUAAUGAUGGAGCUGCAUAUCAACACGCCUCAGGAGUUAGAGCCCCAGUUUCCUAUUGGGCUUCCAGCAGUUGACAUUGAACUUGAUGCAGAAUUCGAGAGCAAUGCAUGGACCUUGGGGUCUCCGAAGAACAUCAUGAGACCUCUCACUCCUACUGGCUGCUUGAUUGACAGUGACUCAGACCUGGUGAUCAGAAGCAAACCAACAUCUCCAGCUGUUGAGGAGGUAGAACGGCCACAAACCCCAGGCAAGGGGAUAGCAGCUCAAUUAGGAAGCGAAGAAUCGGCAGAUGACCUCUUGCUAACCAACAGUGAGUUCCAUCUUUCACACUCUAUGUCACCAGCCCAGGAAAGACCCAAAACCCCCGGUAGAGAAGACACAAGAUCGUGGACCUGUAACAAUAAAGUUAGGGCACCAGGCUCAGCAGGAUGCGAGGAAUUGGCACCAGAGGAUCCCAGUCAAACAUACCCUCACUUUAGAAACCCAUUAACUAAUUCAUCACUGUUUAGCAAUCCAUUUUUAUCAGCACCAAAGACUCCUGGGAGAGAUUUUUUUAUACCACGGAGAGCAGUAGUGCACAGAAGAAAGACGCACACCUCACAAACCAUCUUAGAUGACAAAUUCCUUGGAACAUCAUCUCCAUGUGGCCUCUCGGAGUCUUCAUCUGAUGGCAGAGGAGUGCAAACAUGUUUAGGUGUGAGAGCGAUACCCCUGCAAGGACUGGAGAACAUGCCGGGUCUUCUCCUUGAGGGACGUUCAAGUGACACGACAGUGAGGCGAAAACAGUGGAAGAGACGAAAAAGGAGGUGGAGAAAGAGCCGUCGUUUUUUUAAUCUGUCUCCAAGGCAUUGUUCAGUGCGUGAGCAGAACAGGAUACUUCACAGUGUAUGGAAGGACGGCCUUGAUGAAGAGGAUGCAAGGCUGCUGCAGUGCACUUAUGAAAGAUUGCAAGAGGAAGAUGAUGGUCGCAGCUGGAUAAGUGACACCCUCUGGAUACCUCAUCCUUUGACUAAAGUUGUAGAAAAGAAUGAAGGACUCCAAUUAUGGCAACAUAAACACAAAACCGGCUCAGCCCGCAGUGAAGGCUUCUACAAAAUCCACUGGAGGGAAAAACUUGAAUACCUCAGCAAAGCCAGAAGCAGUGAGCUUCCUUCUGCAGUCUCUCAGCAGGAACGUUUGACACAGCCCACCUCACUUCGCUCUGGAUCAGACUUCAGGUCGGAACAGCGUCGUCUGCUGUCAUCUUUCAGCUGCGAUAGUGACCUGGUCAAGUUUAACCAGCUGAAAUUCCGAAAGAAGAGGAUUCGCUUCAGUCGAAGUCACAUCCACGAUUGGGGUCUGUUUGCCAUGGAGCAAAUAGCAGCUGAUGAAAUGGUGAUUGAAUACGUAGGCCAAAUUAUCAGACAGAACAUCGCUGACAUGAGAGAGCACAGAUACGAGGAGCAGGGCAUUGGCAGCAGCUAUUUGUUUCGGGUCGAUCAAGACACCAUUAUUGAUGCCACUAAAUGCGGGAAUUUAGCCAGAUUCAUCAACCACAGCUGUAAUCCCAAUUGCUAUGCAAAGAUCAUCACGGUAGAGUCUCAAAAGAAGAUAGUGAUUUACUCGCGACAGCCGAUACACAUCAACGAAGAAAUAACAUAUGAUUACAAGUUUCCCAUUGAAGACACAAAGAUUCCUUGUUUGUGUGGAGCUGAAAGCUGCCGGGGAUCUUUGAACUAAUAACAGCUGGAGAGGCCCUUCUUACAUCUCAGAAAGGAGCCGGUGCUGCCUGAGGUACUGUUUAAAAUAAACACAGACACUGAAGAUCUACCUUUUUAAUCAUAUUCAGACAUGAGCAGGCAGGCGCUCACUGGACUUGGACAAAAGGUGAGAGCUGCACCAAUCAGGAACUUUUCUAACCAGCACUUAUAAGCUACUGUAUCAUAAAAUGUACUAUGAGUACUUUUGUCAAUGAUUUAAUCAAAGUAAAUACAGUCAGACAUUGUAAAGGCAAACACCAAAGUAUGUAUAAUGUAGCCAUUGUUUAAUUUUUUGUAUUCCUCAAACAAAACAAAAAAAAAAUGUUGUAUACAAAACUGUAUGAUCUGAUAUCAUAACACACCCUUUUCAAUAGUGUGCAGUCAAGACUCAGAAAUGUUUUCAAAAAGUUAUUUUAACCCCAGAGAUUUAAAAUAAAUUGUAAGAAGACAUCAUGAAAAGUACCAGAAUCAGUUAGGCCUACAUUGGCUGUGUGUUUGGAUCGCGCUUCUCAACGCUACCUGUACAUUCAAUUUACCUUGUACGGCUUGUCCUCAUUAGUUUCACAGGUGAGCUGGAUACUAUCCGAGGGUAAACCAUAAGUGAGGUCGACAUAUAUUACACAAAAAAAACCCAAAUACACUCACUGGUAAUAUGUUUGUUAAUGGAUCACAUGAUAUUGGUCAGUCACACCAUUGGGUGUCAGGAUGGUCAAAUUUCCUCUGGCUUGUUGGUCAGCUUCAAUGGCUUCAAAAAGGGCCUUGAAGUUUCCCGCACCAAAGCCCUGUGGGUCAAACACAAUGUAUUUUAGGCGUGAGUAAAUGGAAGCUUUGGAGAUUUGCAACCCAUUCGUCCUUACCUGGUGAUUAUGUCUUUGAAUGACUUCCAAGAAGACAGUGGGUCGGUCCUGAACUGGCUUAGUGAAGAUCUGAAGUAAGUAGCCGUUGUCGUCAUAGUCCACCAGGAUCUUCAGCUCCUGGAUAGAUAGCGCAACAUGACCUUUUUGUUUGAUUACCUCAAAAUGUUUUGAUCGUACCUGCAGGACAUCCAAAUCCUCUUCAAUUUCCACCUUGAAGUGUUUUAACUUCUCCCGCAGUUGGUCGUAGUAGGUGUCCGGCACAGACAUAAACUCUGUUCCACGCUCUUUUAGGUUUCUAAUCUGCAAAAAUGUCAUCCAUAUAAUUUUUUUCUGGGAUGCGACACAAUUAUGUUUUAAUGAACUCACUGCUGUGAUGAUAUUUGAUGUGUUCAUGGCAAUAUGCUGCACUCCUGCACCUCCAUAGUACUCCACAUACUCCUGUAAGGUAGGAGAACAUGCAUUCAUGAUUUCAUUGUGGUUCUAAAUGGACCACGUUCAUGAAUCAGACCUGGAUUUGAGACUUUUUUUUGCCCAUUGCAGGUUCGUUGAUUGGCAUCUUUACAGUCUCUUCAUAGUUGGCCACAACAAUGGAGCGAAGAGCACUGAACUCAGUCUGCAGCUGCUUGUCAUCCACUGACCAAAAACGGUGAAAGAGGAGGUUCUUCCUGUACCUUUUUAGGUGGUAAGUGAUAUAAGGUGUGAUGGAUGGUGUACUUCCAAGUUUCUUCACCUUUCCUUGUUUGACGACGUGCGACACGACAUCUCGACUGCCUGUCUCCAAACCCUGGUUUGGAGUUCUGCCCCUGAAGGACGGAAACAGACUAAGCCCCAGCUGAGUUUGGAGUCCAGGCAGGUACAAUGGAAUGCCAACUCGAUUACAGCAGAAGUCUCUCACCCUCUUUAUGGGGGACUGAUGUGUGUUCCAAUCAUGGCAGACUUGGCAACAAAAAACGAAGACUCACAGGAGAGUGAGGUGAAAGCGAUUUUGACGCUAUAAAUAUGGAACUUGGAGCCAGGCUGUUUCGACAUAAAUGGAAUUCUUACCCAAAACCAACAGCAAACGUCCCCGGCCAGCUGGACCAAACGAACAACUGUCCAUCGACAACACACGUCUGACUUCUGGCGACAUGUGAGUUCCUAAAUCCGGAAUCAAACACAAGUGUGUUCUAAUCAUGGCAGACUUGGUAACAGACAACGAAGACGACUCUUUUUGGACAAAUGAGGAUUUACAACCUUAUAAAUAUGGAACUUGGAGACAGGCUGUUUAGACAUAAAUGGAGUGCUUACCCAAAAUCAACAUCAAACGUCCCCGGCCAGCUGGACCAGACGAACAACUGUCCAUCGAGUGAGUAUCACUUUAUAUCGAUCAUGAUACGCACAGCAUGUCGUGCGUGUUAUUACAACUACAGUACAUACUGUACGUUGUCUGGCUAACUGUGUACAAACAAAACAUGAAAUGUGGGCUAAUACUUUACAGAUAAUGUAAAGAUUGGUGUCCUAUCAAAGUGUUGUGCAUUACAAAAUCAAACGUGUUUCGUGUUGCAUUUUUUAAGUGAUUUAGAGGUGGAAUUGUGCUCCCAUUAGCUGCAUUGGUAGCCACCUAGAACGAGACGAUUUUUAUGUUAGA